ACACACACACACACACAGCGCACAGACCUUCACAAGAACCAAACCAAGCCAGAUUGAUCAUGGGAAUCCAGUGCCAGGAAACCCCUCCUCCCCUUCAAGACCUUAAGGUCACGAUCCAAAACUCUUCUUUGGUUUUUCCAAACCAAGAAACAGCUCAGAGGAAAUCCAUGUUCCUGUCAAACAUCGACCAAGUGCUCAAUUUCAAUGUCGAAACAGUCCAUUUUUUUGCAUCCCAUGAAGACUUUCCUCCUCAAACUGUGGCCGAGAAAAUAAAAGAUGCGCUUGGGAAGAUACUGGUGCCAUAUGAUUUCUUGGCUGGAAGACUGAAGUUGAACGCCAGAACAGGUCGUUUGGAGGUUGAUUGUAAUGGGGCUGGGGCUGGCUUCGUGGUGGCCUCUAGUGAGUGUACAUUGGAUGAGAUCGGGGACUUGGUUUAUCCUAACGCUGCUUUUGCUAAGCUAGUUGCUAACAGUUCGGAUCAUAGCUUGGAAAAAGAUGGUAAACUACUGUGCAUUAUCCAGGUAACAUCAUUUAAGUGUGGUGGUUUUGCAAUGGGCAUAUCAACCAGCCAUGCAACAUUUGAUGGGAUAAGCUUCAAGAUCUUCUUACAAAACUUGGCUGCCCUAGCUGGUGGCAAACCCCUGGCGGUCACUCCCUGCAACGACCGCGAACUCCUAGCAGCUCGAUCUCCACCACGUGUCACCUUCCCUCACCCUGAAUUGGUCAAACUUCAGACUCACAUGGGGCAAGAAUUGAAUGCUCCAGUCUUUGAUGCCGCCCAAGAAGCCCUAGACUUCAAGAUUUUCCGGCUAACUUCCGGCAACUUCUCCGACAUGAAAGAGAAGGCCAAGACAAGUCCAAGCGCCCGCGUUUCUGGGUUUAAUGUGGUGACUGCUCAUAUUUGGAGAUGCAAGGCACUGUCACAAUCGGAAGCCCAGGAUCCCGAUAGAGUGUCAACAAUUCUCUAUGCUGUCAACAUUAGGCCAAGAUUGACCCCUCCUUUACCAGAAUCAUAUGCUGGAAAUGCUGUGUUAACUGCUUACGCAAAUGCUACGUGCAAGGAGCUGCGAGAGGGGCCAAUCUCUAAAUUGGUGGAGAGAGUGGCAGAGGGUUCAAAGAGAAUGACUGACGAGUAUGCGCGGUCUGCUAUAGAUUGGGGUGAGAUUCACAAAGGAUUUCCACAUGGAGAUUUCUUGAUAUCAUCUUGGUGGAAAUUAGGAUUUGAUGAAGUGGACUAUCCAUGGGGGUGCCCCAGGUACAGUUGUCCUGUGGUGUACCACAGAAAGGAUAUUAUCUUGCUUUUCCCGGAUAUCGAUGACAAGAAUAGCGUCAAUGUUCUGGUUGCCCUGCCCAGCAAGGAAAUGGAAAAGUUCGAAAGCCUCUUCCACAAAUUCUUAUCGGCUUGAAUUUUCCGCAUGAAAGUUGAAUUUCAUAUUUUAAUAAGUUGAAUAAUAUAAUGAUCAAUACCUAUAGUUUGCUUGCUGCUAGAAUAUUGUGCCAUCAUGGAUAAAGGAAGAAGAAGGAAGAAUUACGUCCGACGACGACGGGCAGUCAAUCACUAAUACACACGCACGCACCGGGUUUUUUUUUUCUUUUCUUUUUUAAUUUAAGCGUGUUGUUAUGUGUUUUUUUUUAUCCCUUUCUGAAUGUAAAGUGAAUAUUAUCCAAAGAAAUGUUUCGCCA